AUGGCGCAGCAACCUGACGAUCCUUUCGUCAACACCAGCGAUUUAAGCAGCAUAGGGCCGUUCUCGAUGGAGUCCGAUGCUGCCUUCACCGUGACGCCUCUCGUCUCCCGCCAAAGGAUGUCCAUCGCAAAUAGCGAAGAGGCCGUUCAAAAGAACAACUCGACCUUCAUCCAAGACCAACUGAAUGUUCAAAGAAGCCCAUCGACGGUGAAGGACCACGCUUCUGCUUUGUCCAGACAGCUGUCGGUCAAAUCAAAUGGUAGCAAGGAGGGCACCACCCACCCAGCUCUCACCAGCUUCUUAACCACAACUCCUGAGAACCCUAGUAAGAUCUCCCGCGGACGCGAGUACCCUGAACGUGAUGAGACCGGCAGCGUCGAUACCACAAACACCUGCAAACUGUCGAAGUCCUCCUCGGAGCGCUCCACCAAGUCAGUCAUAUCAAUGGCAGCAAUUGGCACCCACUCCUUUGGUACUCUGCGCGUCCACUCUCCAUCCCCUACUCGAGCUCCCAACAUCAAGGGCUGUGAGAUCCUUAAGUCAGGCGAUGUUGCUGUGGUCAGAGAUCUUCCUAUUGGCGUCAUCUUUGGCUAUGACACUGUCAGCCUUGGAAUUAAGCAAUUAGGAGUCUUUGAAGGCGUGAAGAGCCUACCCCAUGGUGCUCACUUGAUUUGGGCCGGUACUUCAGAUGGCUCACUCCGUACUGGCUUUUGGUUGAUGUCUGGCAAGCUGGCAUCAGACCAAUAUGGCGAGGUCAUUGUUAAGAAGUGGGACCAAUAUAACGAGUCUCUUGUUGAGGAGAUCAGUGCUGCUGAGAUUCGUAUUCAGGAGAGCAACCUGCUCGAAUUUGCUGACAAGCUCCGAGACUACACUGUUAAGCAGAUCGAUGGCCUUGAUUCUUCUAUCUGGACCCGCUUGACUUCGUGCAUGAAGGUUGCCCAUCUUCAGAGGGUCACUGGCCAAAAGGAUUGGAAUAACUGGGCUGUGUCUUCAAGCCAUGACGUAAAGUUCUAUAACAGCACACACACGGAUAAAGCCAGACACUAUGGCAAGGAUGAGGUCUUGGACUUUGUUUUCCCGAAAAAUGGGCGCACCUUCUCUUCUAGGUCUAUUGGACGAGAGCGAACUGAGCAAGCUAUGGAUACAAGUUCACACAUCAUGGCAAUCAUCUCUGGUUCCUGCGCCUUUGAGGAUUCAGAUGAGAUUAUCGGAGAGCUACAAUUUUGCUACCUCACGGGUAUGCUGCUCGGAAACAUCGCUUGCAUGGAGCACUGGGCUUAUAUGAUCCGAACCAUCUUCCGUGCCUUUCGCCUGGUUGUCGAUUUACCAGUCUUCUGCCGAAAGUUCAUCAAGGCUGUUCACGCUCAGAUGAUGUACGACGGAGUUGGAAUUGAGGGAAGCAUCUUUGACAUGGAUGGCAGUCUUGAAAAUGACCUGAAGAACAUCCUGAUCACCUUCAAGUCUCGUCUUGAUGAGCAGUUGCUGACGGCCUCAACUCGGCUUACUCCAGACCAGAAGGCUGUUGGAGAUGCUUUCGCGGAAUUCGAGUCUUUCCUCUGGAAGUGGCGCGGCGGUUGGGACUUGAGAGGAAACUUUGUUCGAUCUGGUCAAGUCCAACUUGAGGAUGGCGAGUUCGUUGAUGCCGAGUUGAGCGAGUUCGAGGCCGAGGACGAAAGAGGUGAGUACGCGCCAGCAAUAGUCGAGCUGGACGAGGAUGGCCGAGAGAAAGGCCUCGUAGAUUUGUAA